CACACAUAAAUAGAGCAAGCGAGGUAGUGAGAGCACAUCCUCCUGACAGACCGCUGCAGCCUGCAACAGCAGACACAACACAUUUACGAUGAUGUUACUAUCGCUCUUCCCAGUGUUGCUGCUGUCAGUGAGCGCCGUUCUGGUUGACGGCUCUCAGCUCCGGACUUUCAGAGACACGGACCGGACCACCGGCAUGACCGUGGUCUGUGAUAAGUGCCCCCCUGGAACCUUUAUGAAGGCACGCUGCACGUCUACGCACAAAAGCGAGUGCGCGCCGUGUCCGCAGGGGUCGUUCACGGAGCUGUGGAACUACAUCGGCAAGUGCCUGCGCUGCGGGGCGUGCGGCCUGAACCAGGUGGAGAAGACGGCGUGCAGCGCGGAGAGAGACUGCCAGUGCGAGUGUCAAAAGGGAUAUUACUACAAGAAGAAUUACGACAUGUGCUUGCUCCACAGCGAGUGUCCAACCGGACAAGGGGUGUUGACUCAAGGUACAGCUGAUGAGGACACUGUGUGCCACACUUGUCCCAACGGGUCCUACUCCGACACUGUCUCUGCUCACCAGAACUGCACAGAGCACACACACUGCAAAGAUGCAGGACUGGAGCUGGUGCUGAAGGGCUCCAUCUGGCACGACAGUGUGUGCACGAGCAACGAAGAGCUCAGAUCCAGAGACGGCGGUGACUAUCUCAAAGAAAUCCUUCCGACUUUCUUCGUUCACCAGAAAAUGUCGCUUAGGCGGCUGCGUCAGAUCUUGCACAGGCUUCCAUCUGAGGACAAAAAAAAACAGGGAGGAACUUCAGGACUUAACUACUCGCAACUUAAUGUAAGGAUCAAUACUUGGGUAACUUCUGCCACAGGGAAGCAGAUUCAGCAGCUUCCGGAGAUUCUGACCCAAACAGGAGCAAUCAGCGCUGGUGAUAAACUACAGAACAAGCUGCGGAGAAUCAACUCUCGUCUGAAUGAGCUGUGUUCUUUGGGGAAUGAGGUGAAUGUACUUUAAAUGUCAGAGGAGGCUGAAGUAGAAAAUACCUUCUUCUACAUUUCAAAGAGUUUGAUAGGUCCAGUAGUUCAAAAAUGACUGCACUAUUCAAGAUACACUGUUAUUUUCACCAGGUUUUAGUACUUAGCAUUAGUUAAAGGAGAAUACCAGUUAGAGGAAAAGUUAAUUACAUCCCAUCUGCAUCUAGAUAAUGAACAUUCCCUCAUUUUUCAGUGCUUUUCAGUUUUUCUUGUUUUUUCUUCUUAAAAUAGACCAAACAAUCCAAAUUUGUUUGUCACCUAACGUGAAAUGGCCUGCUCUCCUGUGUAACCAAAUUUUAGAAACGUUAAAUGUUAUUUAAAUAAACUAUGCAAAGCAACAUGUUUUAGAGAAAACUUCAUUUCAUGUCAGGUGAUUGACAGGAAUAAUGUAAUUUAAUAUAAUGCAGAUGUAAUAUUUAGAAGAAAAAUGUCCUUUCACCAGAUUUUAGUUCUCCCAAGUACAUUACUGACAUCUACAAUUACCUUUAUAAGAUACUACUGUAUGUUGCACCUGGGUAUCCAAAACACAAAAUACAGUUAUUUUAUUUGUGGGAGUUAAAACAGAGAGAACCUACACAAUUGAUGCUUAAAACUUAAAACUUAAAAAUAAAAACACUGGUAUUACUCUUCAAAGAAGAAAAAGUGUUGGCCUAGAGUACAUCUACCUCCUCCUAUGUCUACAGUUAAACACCGACAUGGCACUGGCCCUGCUAAUUUCAGUGGUUUCAUUUUCAUGUGAGCUGAGAUCUUAAUUUAUUGCUAUUUAUAUGAACGAGGCAAGUUUUGUUAGAGUGAGAGGGUUCUAUUUUUGUUGGUAGAUGAAUACAAUUUUAUGCAAGUGAAGCUGGAAUAUGUGUGGCUGCUUUUGAAUGACGCUUAAAUAAAAAUGAUCACAAAUGAAA